CGGCACGUCGCCUUGCGGCGUGUCAGCAACGACGAGCCGAGGUGGACAUCCUAGUGAUACCGUGAGAUAUGCUCGCGUAAUGCCCGUCGGGGUCGAUCUUGACGACUGUCGGACCUCGGUCGGAGUAUCGGGAAGAGAGAGACCGUCGAGUCGGACGGAGUGAAUCGGACAUCCAGCUGCCGGUCGAGCACCGCUAAACUACGUCAUCGGUACACGGCACUACGCGGCGCGGUGGGGUAGAGUCGAGAUAAGCGGUAGUGGUGGUGAUGUAAAACAUUCGUGAGUCGGCUGGUUGGCGGCAUCGGCAGGCCAGGGAGCGGUACGGGAGAGUUAGGUGCGACGCGGAGCAAGAGAGGAAACAGCGCGGCGGCGGUUUCGGCUUCUCGGCAUCGGCUUCGGAAAUGGCCGCGGGAAAGUAGAGAGCGGAGCGUUUCGUCGCUGGCUGGCAGGCUAGUUGGUCGGUUGGCCGGGUUGGUUGGUUGGUCGGUUGGUCGGUUGGUUGGUCGGUCGGUCGGUCGGUCGGUCGGUCGAUCGGUUGGUCGGUUGGUUGCUUGGUUGAAAUUUUUCGAGGACCGCGCGCUCGUUCAUCCGGCUCGUCGGGUGCGCACGCGAUCGAUUCACGACGUCAGACGAUUCCGGAGAGCAGCGCGAGAUGUGAGAAACAGAGAGAGAGAGAGAGAGGGAGAGAGAGAGAAAGAGAAGAGUGAGAGGGUGAGAGAGAGAGAGAGAGAGAGAGAACGACGUGUGUGUGUCACGACACGACGACGUGAAGACGACGUGAUAGAGACCGUACGACGACCUGGAUAUAAAGAGGAUACAUCUCUCUUGCGUGCUCUGAUAUCAGGAUGGCCGGCGACGACGGAACGGUGAUGAACAAUGAGAUCGUCGGUAUGGAGGGCGGAGAGGGGCACGGUGCUUCGGUGCGGGGGGAACUGCAUUCCAGAGUGGGCGGCAUUCUGGAAUGCGAUCCCCCCGGUAACAGGAAUUCGUCGAACGAGCGAGCCGCCACCGCCGCCGACGACGACGAGGACGGUGUCUGCCGAUAUGCGGUCGGCGCUGCUAACCGCGCUAUGUCUUUCUUCGAAAUUUGCCAGAUACGGCUUCAAUAUCUCUUCCCACAAUUGGCCCCACCCCUGCGGUACAAUAUCCACGAGGAUUCCAUCGAGUCGACUGCGGAGAGUCUGGCUAAUGAUGUGAUGCGGUAUUUGUUGAAGGAGGAUAUCUAUCUUAUAUCCCGGGACCCAAUAUCCCGCAGUAUGAGGCACAAUGUGUAUCAAAUGCUCAACAAACACAGCAUUCUCUUUGCAAGUAUGGUAAACCGUUUGAAUGUUGUCCCGGAUACUGCAUAUGAAGCAUUCAUGGGAGUCGCCAAUGAACUGUUUUUACACGGUGUUACCACAUGGGCUAAGAUUGUUUGCUUGUAUGCUUUUAUGGGCAGAUUGGCCUUAUGGGCUAGAGAUAAAAGAAUGCACACUCUUAAGAAAAAACUGCCAUUGUAUGUCUCAAGAUACGUUGGUGAGAAUGUGGCACACUUUAUCAAAGGCUAUGGAUGGGAGCAAUUGUGCAAAGAGUAUCCUGUGGCGGAUGAAGUUAGCGGAGCAAUUUGGAGAAGCUUGUUAAUGACCGGAGCCACUCUCGGUUUGAUUGCUACAAUCUUGUCGGUAACUUCCUGAUGGAAUCUCACAGAAUCGUGCGGUCUAAGUGUGUUUCGUCCAAGAAAUUUUCGCGUACUUAUGUUCUGUGAGAACACACUCGAAAGAAAUAUAAAGAAAUUCGUAUAACGUACGCACAAUGUUACAACACUUCACGUGGACGUCGGAACGGUUUGAUCCAAACGGCGUACUCGCCCAUGUCUCUAUCGGGG